UUUAGUCACAUGCAAGAAUUUUAGAUAUAUUGGAUACUAGCCAACAUCUAUAUAUAAGUAAGACAUAUUGUUGGAGACUCUUGGAUGGUAAAGAUUAACAAGAAGCCUAGAACAACUCAAGAGCCAAGAGAAUUUCAUGGAGGUGCCACCGUGGUUGAUUAUUCUAUACAAUACUACUUACUUCGGAGUCUGCUUCACUCAUUCAGAGCAUAAGAAGAAAGAAUUGGAUCACUUCUGUAUUGACUGUAAAAAACCUAUAUGUUGUAAUUGUGUUUUGACUCAUGCUCUACACAAUUAUGUUAAGAUUAGGAGAUAUAUGUACUGUGAAGUUAUAAGAAGGCAAGAUUUGUGCAAACUCUUCGACUGUUCAAACAUACAGGCAUAUAAUACAAAUAAAAGUAAAGUGUUGUUCUUGAAGCAAAGGAGUCAACAAUCAUCACCACAACAAAAUUCAAAGGAUCACAGUUGCAUCAUAUGCAAGAGGAGUUUGCCAGAUUCCUGUUUAUAUUGCAGCAUUGCAUGCAAGGUUUCUGCCAUAUGUGGAGAUCGACUCAAAGAAGAAACUAUUCUUGAUUACAAGAGGAUGAGUAUAGCGGAAGAUGUUGGCUUAGAAAAUAGUCAGACAACAGAUGGCUUAGAGAAUCAUAGGCCAAAAGAUGGCGCAAACUUCAUACUGAGAAGACGAAGGAAAGGAAUUCCUCAGAGGGCUCCCUUUUUUUGAAUGACCAAAUUUAUAUUACAUUUAAGCAUUCCAUGUCGCUGUGUAGGUUCAAGUUAUUGAGAUGCCCUUUUUUCUUUUUUUUUUUUUUUGGGUAACUUGGUACCGUGGACAGCUGAAAUAAAACUAAGGUUCCAUUUGAUAGCGUCAUAUUCCAGGGAAAAUAUCACAUUCGAAGAAUUCAUUUUCUAUCUUGACUGUUUGAUAUGAAAGUGAAAAUUGAGUUCGA